ACUCACUAGUGUCAUGGAGGUAACAUGGCCGAGGAGACGCGCCUAGUUCGCGUUGAAGAGAGGCUAAAGAUCAAAAUCGGUGAAGUGAAAAAUCUGUUGAGUCGUGGCCAUGGAUCACCUGGUACUCGAGAUGUGUACUGUGCACUUUCCCUCGAUCAGGAAGAAAUUUUUCGAACUACUACAAUGGAGAGAACUCUCAACCCAUUCUUCGGUGAGGAAUUUCAAUUCGAAGUACCUCGAAAAUUCCGGUACUUAGGAAUCUACGUGUAUGAUAGAGACAGACAUAUAAAGCAAGACAAAAUCCUUGGAAAGGUGGCGAUAAAACGCGAAGACUUGGCAACCUACCACAAUAAGGAGCACUGGUUUCCCCUUCGUGCAGUUGACGCAGACUCUGAAGUUCAGGGUAAAGCCCACCUCGAACUUGGUCUUCAGCCUCAACUUGGUAACUACCAGUCAAAACUCACAGUAAGAGUUAUCGAGUGCUCUGAAUUGACUAUCAAAAACGGGGGCUGCGAUCCAUACGCAACUGUCACCGUUACCUACAGCAAUGGAAAGCAAAUUUCUAAGCGAACAAAAGUUAAAAAGAAAACCGUCUCUCCCUACUUUGACGAAACAUUCGUGUUUGAGCCUGAGUUGACAGAGCCCAAAGACAAAGAUGUCUCUCAUUACUCAAUUGAUGGAGAAGUUGGAGAGGCAGUAAUUGGAUUAUGGCACGCAUCAUCUGGCAUGGGAGAACCUCCAGCAUUUUUGGGAGAGGUUCGAGUGACUCUGAGAGGUCUCCAGAAACAGCCAACCAGAACCACAACUGCAUGGUAUUUCCUCCAACCACGUGCAGCUCAGCAUCGACCACAUAAAAUAAGUAAUUCAGCACCUACUGGAACACCUCCUUGUCUUGGAUCCCUCAGAUUAAAGAUUCACUACACAGCAGAUCAUGUUUUCCCAUCAGAAAUGUACGAUCGCCUACGAAAUCUUCUACUCCAGAGUGUGACAAUUCAGCCAAUAACUUCAUCAGCUGUUUAUAUUCUUGGAGAAAUAGUUGCAAGUAAGAUGGAGGCAGCACAACCUCUUGUCAGGAUUCUUGUUCAUCAUGGGCAAUUGGUGUCGGUGAUGAGAGCCUUGGCCAGCCACGAAAUAUCCAAACUGACUGAUCCCACAACAAUUUUUCGAGGCAAUACUCUUGUUAGUAAAAUGAUGGAUGAAGGAAUGAGACUCGCUGGUCUCCAUUAUCUUCAUAGUACCCUUAGACCUGCCAUGGAGCAAGUAUUUCUCGAGAAAAAACCAUGUGAAAUUGAUCCCACCAGGGUGAAGGAUGCAAAUACUAUUCAGACAAAUCUGACUAAUUUAAAGGAAUACGUUGAGAGGGUCUUCACAGCCAUUACGACUUCCGGGGUACGGUGUCCACCAUUGAUGUGUGAGAUGUUCUGGUGCUUGAGAGAACUCGCAGCUAUGCAUUUUCCCAAGAAUAAGGAAGUUAGAUACUCGGUUAUUAGCGGCUUUAUUUUUCUGAGGUUCUUCGCACCGGCUAUUUUGGGACCGAGAUUGUUCGAUAUUACAGCAGAACCCAUUGAUUCACAGACGAACAGAACACUCACCCUCAUUUCGAAGACAAUUCAAAGCUUAGGAAACUUAGUGAGCUGUAGAGGUGGUGCUGGCAGUGUUUGCAAAGAAGAAUACAUGGAGGGCGUUUACAGAGAAUUUUAUACAGAAAAACAUAUACAAGCGGUGAAGCAGUUUCUAGAAUUGAUAUCGACUAGCAGCAAUACUGGAAUGGCUAGACAGAGGCCUACAAUUCUUCAGGAGCAACCUGUGGUGCUGAAAGAAGGAAGUUAUUUUAUUUUUUUGCACACUGCUGAUUGUGGAAAGAGAAUUAUGAUCAAAAGAGCACAGGGCAGAAAGAGAUUUGGACGCAAGAAUUUUAAACAAAGAUACUUUAGACUGACUACACAAGAUCUGACUUACUCAAAAACAAAAGGAAAAGAACCCUUAUGUAGGAUAUCACUAGAAGAAAUUCUCGCAGUGGAGAGGCUACACGAAGAUUCUUUCAAGAUGAAAAAUAUGUUUCAAAUAGUUCAGCCCCAGCGUGCAUUGUAUGUACAAGCUGGAAAUUGUGUGGAAGAAAAAGAGUGGAUUGACAUACUGACCAAAAUCUGUCAUACAAAUAGCAAUAGAUUGGAAAAGUAUCAUCCAAGUGCCUACAUUAAUGGACAUUGGUUGUGUUGCCGAGCUGUGUCAGAAGUAGCCCCAGGUUGUAGUGAAGUGUCUCCAGGUUUAGAAGUGGGUUUGAGAAUGGUUCUGGAUCCAGAUCGUGAUCUCCAACGCAUUCACUCACUCAUUUUAGCCAACAUGGCUCGAUUGGAAACGCUGAUGAGUGCUUGUGAGUGUCAGGCAGUUUAUGGGGCCAGUGAGAUGUGUGUUCUACCUGGUGGUGGCUCACCGAUUGACGAUGUACCAUCAUGUUUCAAAACUCUGACAGCACUCAGAGAGGCUGCUUUUGCACUCCAGCAUGAACACAGGGCGUACUUCCGGCGAUUGGCACGCGACACUAAAUAUGGGAGCAAACAAGCACCAAUCGGUGACGACAACUACCUCCAUUUAGCAGCACGAGCAGGCUUCGAUAGUCAACUAAAUAGGCGUGCAUAUGACAAUGAUGGCCUCAAUCAACGUUGCAUUGAUGCUGGCCUCUUUGAUAACGGUAGCGGUAGUAUUAUACAUAGAAAUGAUGAUCGCAAGUACGAUGAUUUAUCACAAUUAAGACGGUAUGAGAAUGAUAACAAUACGCUAUCACGACAAUAUGGUAAUCAUCACUCAGAUACACUGAGGAGUAUUCAGAAUGAUCUCAAUAAAUUCGAUCGCACUCUUAGCAAUACAAUGGGGUCGGAUAAACAUGAGAAAAAUGCAAAUGACAAUGUCGAGAAUCAAAGGAGAACGGAUGUUGGUAGCUUAUUAAUGAGUGAUGGUAUCAAUUUGUCUGAUACGUUUAAUAGAAAAAUGAGCAAAUAUGAUAAUAUGAGAGAGUUUAGUGAGGGUACGAUUGGUAGGAAAAUUAAGGAUGACGUGUCUGAUAUAUCGUCUAGUUCGAUGAGUGGUCGCGGUAAUCAUUGAAUUUUUUAUAUUCACCUCUUCAAAUUCAUCCAAAUCAUCAUUUUCCUUGUAUUUGGUUCGAAGUAUAACUGUAAAACAAUAAAUAGAUUAGUGUAAUUCUAUCUUGAAUGUGUCUUUACAGUUUUUUUAAUUUCUUGUAAUUAUUCAGAGUCAUACAAGUGACGAAAUUAUUUAUUUUUUCAUCUUAGAUUUGAUUCUGAAGAAUUCUAAAUUCAAAACUCACUUUUUCAUAGAUUGUUAAAUAAAUAUACAGAGACCAGAGUGAAUCUUUCCGUUUCCGAACUAAACUGCAAUAGAAUGAACGUACAUAUUGUCAAUAAAUCUCUAAAUUACUUGCAUUUUCACAAUCAAUCCACUUUUUUGUAAAAACUAAAAAAAACUGAUAAGUCAUUUUCAAGGUGAUUACAAUAAAAAAACAAGAAUGAAAAACAAUAGAAAUAUAAGAAUUUUUGGCUCUUGUGAAAAUGAGAGAUUCUACUGUAAUUUUAUAUUUCCAUUCAUCAUUUAGCUGGGGUAAUUCUUUCAGUUAUACUUUCACCUGUCUUUCCGGAAUUCUAAUGUCCCUCUUACGAAUUUGUUAAUUUCUAAUUUGAAAAAUUCAUCACGUAUAAAGUUUUCGUCAGUAGUUGAUAUCAUAUAACUUCCU